GCCUCAUCCCUGUACAUCUCUUCGGGCCUCGGCGGCGGCUUUGGGGCUAGCUAUGGGGCUGGCUAUGGGGCUGGCUUUGGAGCUGGCUUUGGAGGUGGCUUUGGAGGUGGCUUUGGAGGUGGCGAUGGCAUCCUCCUGGCUGGCGAAAAGGAGACGAUGCAGAACCUCAACGACCGCCUGGCUAACUACCUGGACAAAGUGCGUGCCCUGGAGGAGGCCAACACUGACCUGGAGGUCAAGAUCAGGGAAUGGUACAAGAAGCAGGCACCUGGUCCAGACCGCGACUACAGCCCCUACUACAGGACUAUCGAGGAGCUCAGGAACAAGGUCCUGAUGGCCACAGUCGACAAUGCUAAACUCCUCCUGCAGAUUGACAACGCCAGGCUGACAGCUGAUGACUUCAGGACCAAGUUUGAGACCGAGCAGGCUCUGCGCCUGAGCGUGGAGGCCGACAUCAACGGCCUGCGCAGGGUCCUGGAUGAGCUGACCCUGGCCAGAGCUGACCUGGAGAUGCAGAUCGAGAACCUGAAGGAGGAGCUGGCCUACCUCAAGAAGAACCACGAGGAGGAAAUGAAUGCCCUGCGCAGCCAGGUGGGUGGAGAGAUCAGCGUGGAGAUGGAUGCUGCUCCUGGAAUCGACCUCACCAAGAUCCUGGCUGAGAUGAGGGAGCAGUACGAGAGCCUGGCGGACAAGAACCGCAGGGAGGCCGAGCAGUGGUUCUUCACCAAGACGGAAGAGCUGAACCGGGAGGUGGCCAUCAACACGGAGCAGCUUCAGAGUGGCAAGACAGAGAUCACAGAGCUGCGACGCACCAUCCAGAGCCUGGAGAUCGACCUGCAGUCCCAGCUCAGCACGAAAGCGGCGUUGGAGGGCACCUUCGCCGACACAGAAGCCCGCUACGGCACCCAGCUGGCCCAGCUGCAGGGGCUGAUCACCAGCGUGGAGGAGCAGCUGGCCGAGCUGCGGUGUGACAUGGAGCGCCAGAACCAUGAGUACAGGGUCCUCCUGGACGUCAAAUGCCGCCUGGAGCAGGAGAUCGCCACGUACCGCCGGCUCCUGGAGGGCGAGGACGCCCACAUGUCUUCCCACUACAUCUCGCAGCCUGUGAAAGAAGCACCCGUAACCACCCGUCAAAUCCGCACAAUCUUUGAGGAAGUGCAGGACGGGAAGGUGAUUUCCUCCCGGGAGCAGAUCACCCAGGCUGCCCGCUGA